AUGACAGAGGAAAGCCGGGGCAAACGGAGGAAACAAGCCAACCCCAAGAGAAGUAAAGUGGAGCGGGUGUGUUCGCUGGGCUCGGAGGGGGAGGAUGAGCAGGGGGGCGUGUGGAGCAUGGAGCCCCAGGACUGCCAGGGGAGUCCCGGCCUGACCCCCAGCCACGGGACGGUGGACACGGCCAGCCACUGCAGCAGCCGCUCACCACCGCCCCUAGCGCCGCCCACAGCGCCGCCCCACGGCCUCAGCGGCCCCGGGGGCAGGCAUCCCUGGGCCCUGCAGACCGCCGACCCGCUGGGGGGUGGGGAAGACGAGGGGGCCAUCGCCCUCCUGACCCCCAGAGACGGGGAACAUCAGCAGGGAUCCAUCGCUUACCAUACAAUUCCCAACAAGAUCUCCUUGGAGACACACACUCAUCUUCAACACUCACACCUUCCGUUGUUCCCCUCUCCAGGUAAGACCACAGAAUUCCCAUGUGCCUUAGAGGACCUGGCCCACUAUGAGUUCCUGGCCCAGCUGAGGAAGGCCACCACCUCGGACGCCACCCAAAAUGGCGGCGACUCCCUCUACCACCGCCGGCAGCACAGCGGCGGUCGGCACGACGAGCUACCCCCUGCCAUCUGGUCCCCAGGGGCCCAGCACCGCUCCACUGAAACACUCGACGGGACCGACGGUGUGAGGGGCCCGCACGUGUCCUGUCCCUUCUGCCAGAGGAACUACCUGCAGGGGCCGGCCCUCACGCAGCACGUCAGAUCCUGCCCGGAGAAGCACGCCGCGCACAUGGUCUGCCCGCUCUGUGGAUACACUGCCACCUGCAGGGCCCAGAUGGAACAGCACCUGGUGCUGCACAACCAGGUCCACGACAAGAAUUCCAUCGGCUCGUACCAGGGCCCUGAGACCAGGAAGUUCAAAUGCCAGCAGUGUGGCAAGGCCUUCAAGUACAAACACCACCUCAAAGAACACCUGCGCAUUCACAGCGGUGAGAAGCCGUACCAGUGCUCCAACUGCAAGAAGCGCUUCUCCCACUCGGGUUCCUACAGCUCCCACCUGAGCAGCAAAAAGUGCCUGAGUGGAGGAGGAGGAGGAGGAAGAGGAGGAGGAGGAGGAGGAGGAGGAGGAGGAGGAAACAUGGCUGAAGCUGCGGGCAUCUUCAACAGCCUCGUCAAAGCCUCCCACUUCCUCCCCAUCCACCACCACCACCACCAACACCACCUCCACCACUCCUUCCCCACGUCUCCCCCUGCUGGCGGGGAGAGGAACUCAAACGGCCGGCACUCUCCGUUCUCUCCCAGCUCCUCAGACAGCCUGGUGUUCCCGGAGCCCCAGCAGCAGCAGCUGUUGUUGUUGUCCCCGCGGGACGGCCCCCAGAAGCCCUCCGCGUUCCAAAGGGCCGGGGGCUUCUCCCGGCUGUGGGACCCCACGGCGGAGCUGAGGGCCAACGGGUUCAAGAGCACGGCCCUGCUGCCGUACCUCCAGUCAGGGGCCAAGUUCGAGGAGGUCCUGCAGAGGAUGCUCCACAGGGAGGGCAAGAGACCCCGGGAGGAGGGGGGGGAGGAGGAGGAGCAGGAGGAGGAGGAGGAGGAUGAGGAGGAGAGGGACAGAGCAGGAGGAAGAGGAGGAGGAAGAGGAACGGGAGCCGCCAUGGAGAAGAAGAGGAGGGUGACGGAGAACGGAGGCGGGAUGGCCGGGGAGGGGAGGGCCGUGCUGGGGGCGACGUGUCGCUGGUGCCUGCAGCUCUUCCCCAACGCGGCCGUGCUCCUGCAGCACGAGCGCUACCUCUGCAAGGUGACCCGGGGGGCGUCGGAGACCCCCGCCGGGGGCCCUCACGGCCAGGGCCACGCCUCUCCGCCCCUCCUCUUCUCCAGAGCCUCCUUCCCGCCGGCCGACGGCCGCCCUGCGGACACGUCGCCCAGGCAGAAGCCCCCCCUCCGCCACGCGGCCCCCCAGCAGCUCCUGUUCCCCGUGCAGUCCUCCCCGACCCGGCCCCGCCCCGACGCCCUGUCCCCGUACUCCUACUGGCCCGGGCAGCCGGGCCUCAGCCCCGCUCCUCCAAUCAGCCCGUCCGCACCGCUGCCCUCCCCCAAGGCCAGGAUCAGAGUCCCUCCCGCCGGGUCGGGUUCGCCUCUCUGCCUCGCCGCCCCCUGCGCCCGCCCCCCCGGGGUCUCCCCGCCUCAGCACCAGACGGCCCGCCACCUCAAGGGGAGCUGGCCCGGGGGCUCUCAGAACGACCAGCCUCUGGACCUCUCCCUGCCCAGGCAGCCCUCCGGCGGAGACGCCGGGGGCCACACCUCCAACGGGAAGCCCGCCAAAGAGGGGAGGGUGGAGGCGGAGCCCCAGCAGAGGACCAUCCUGAGUCCCGGCCGGCCCCUCUUACACCCCCACCACCUGGCCUUCGGAGGGGGCGGUGCGCCCCUGUUUGGAUACGACGGGUUCUCGGUGCUCGGCCCCAGGGCCCAGGCGGCCCUAGCACUGCAGGGACACACAGGCCUGGGGUCUCUUCCCCUGGGUCACCCGGCACACAGCGCAGACUUCCUCUCGCCCAUGGCCUACGUGAUGGAGAGAGACACCGAGGCCAUGUUGAAGAGAAUCCACCAGGACAGGCAUGCUCUUGUGAGCGAGGCCUUGAGUCGCGGUGUUCUGGACCACCGCUCCCUGGGGGACGAGGGGCCGGACGGGGAGGCAGGACCGGGCCGCAAGAGGCUGAGGAAGACGGAGGAAGGCCUGUACGCCUGCGACAUCUGCCAGAAGACCUUCCAGAAGAGCAGCUCGCUCCUGCGGCACAAAUAUGAGCACACAGGCAAACGUCCUCACGAGUGCCAGAUCUGCAGCAAGGCGUUCAAGCACAAGCACCACCUCAUAGAGCACAGCAGGCUGCACUCGGGGGAGAAGCCCUACCAGUGUGACAAGUGCGGCAAGCGCUUCUCCCACUCGGGCUCGUACUCCCAGCACAUGAACCACCGCUACGCCUACUGCAGCCGGGACCAGGAGCCCGACCAGGACCCGGACCAGGACCACGACAUGCCCCUCACCCCGGACGGGACGGGGACGGGCAGCGAUUUCGGGGCACGACUGGCCGCCGGCGAGACCCCCCCCUCUCUGGAUGACUCCCAGACCCCUCACUCCUUCCUCAGCGACUCCAGCCUGGACGGGGGGCACGUCGGGCUGAUGAGCAGGGAGGAGGAGGAGGAG